AUGACCACCCCCACGGCAACAGCCAGAAUUAGUGCCAAAAAACAAACGCUCGAGGAUGCCUACUCGCCACCAGCAAACUUUCUAGAGAUCGACGUUUCUGAUCCCCAGACUCAUGGAGUGGCGAAAACUCGAUUUACAGACUAUGAAGUCAGAAUGAAGACAAAUCUGCCAGUUUUCAAGCUGAAGGAUUCCAGUGUUCGACGGCGUUACAGCGAUUUUGAAUGGUUGCGGAAUGAGCUGGAGAGAGAUAGUAAAAUUGUUGUGCCACCUUUACCUGGCAAAGCCUUGAAGCGACAACUGCCAUUUCGAGGAGAUGAUGGUAUAUUUGAAGAUGAAUUCAUUGAAGAGCGGAGGAAGGGACUAGAGCAGUUUAUCAACAAAGUGGCGGGACAUCCUCUUGCCCAGAAUGAGAAAUGUUUGCACAUGUUCCUGCAGGAACCAGUCAUAGACAAGAACUACGUUCCAGGAAAAAUUAGAACCACAUGA